GCUGUUUUUGUAAACAAUAAUUUUUGCCGGUGUCAAGAUCGUUAUUCCCUAGUAAGGGGUUAGGGUUGGGUUAUGAGUUAUAGGGUUUUAGAACCCUAACACUAACCCUAACUCUAAAACACGAACCCUAACCCUAAAGCUAAAACCAGUACAAACGCACGAACGAUGUCAUAAGUAACAGUACCACCGAUAGUUGUUGUUGACAAACAACGGCACUAAUUUUAUUCAAGGGAAAGGAUCCCAUGACACCGUUAGAACAUGUUUACAUUCCACGGCAGUAAUUGUUUUCACCUCAAUAGACGUCAUUGAUCGGUUGAAAUUACCGAAAUACGACAAUUUUUUUACAUGAAAUAACUUCGAAUACAAAAUUUUUAUCUGUUCUAUAAUACAAAAUAUACAAGUAUACGAAGUUUGAAAGUGUUUCGGUACCAAAAACACUACAUAAAACAUAAAUGAAAAGUGGUGUCCGUCAAUUCAGAAAGAUCCUACUAUUGUAUUGAUAAGGUCCUUUUCACUAGCAAUGGAACUAUAACAGAUCUUCAAAAACCUAUUGUUGGCCCUAGACCAGGGGUCACCAAACUUUUCCGACCAUCGACCCCCUUUAGCCACUUCUUCUGCAUCGACCACCCUCCUCAUUUAAAAUAUCUCUAUACCCUACGUAUCUUAAAUGCGUACCGGGUACUGGUGCUGGCAAUUAAAAUGUUGGGUAAAAUAUACAUGUACGACAAAUUAGGAAAAUUCUAUUGAAGAUGACACACUUUUUACAUUUAAAACUACGUGUACGAGUAUACAGUAUUAAACUUUCGAUUUUUAUGAAAUUGUUUUCACGGUUAGAAAAUGUGAAAAACGCCUCAUGUUUUCCGACGUUUCAUGGCGCUGACAAAAUAUUUCGAGCAGUUCAUCUGGGUGAGCUGUUCUUUCGCACGUCAACUCCCAUUCGAUUCCUAGGCUAUCACCGACCCACUGUAAUUCCUUGCCGACCCCUAGGGGCUCUCUGCCCUACACAGACACUGAUAACCUAAGGGAGAUAACUAAUAUCAUUGAACUCUUCGGUCAACUUCGUAGACUCCGUUCAUUUCAAAAUAUUGUUUCUACAGAAAAAAGCUUCUUGAUUUAUCCAAGAUGGCAGCAGAACGUCAACCUCGACACAAUGCUGGAAAUCGAAUGUCAAAGUUGUUAAACGAAGAAGAAGAAGAUGAUUUUUACAAGAACACUUAUGGUGGCUUUAAUGAUGAAGAGGAUGACAUUGACUUCCAGUCUGAAGACUCUGAAUCUGAUGAGGUUGACUCUGACUUCAGUAUUGAUGAGGAUGACGAAAUACGCAGCGAUAUAGAUGAUGAUGAUGAACCAAAACGCAAAAGAGGAAUUAACACCAAAGCUUACAAGGAACCAAAAAAACUAAAGGAGACAGCCAAAAUUAGACCUAAACUUAAGAAAGCUGAACGACCAUCUUUACAAAUUUACCACUCUAAUUCAGGCAAGUAUUGUAUUUGCUGCUGUAUGAGAUGGUGCCAGCAUAUCCACUUUGUUAAGAAGUUUGCUUUGCAAAUUCAAGUUCAUAUAUUGAAAGCCUCCAGCUCAUCAGGAAUCACUGCUGAGAUGCUUAAAAUAUCUGGCAAAGUAGGAUGUGGCUUUAUUACCUGUAUAGUAAAUCAUGUUGUCCAUGAGGGAGUCAUACCCAACCAUUGGUAUAGUAACAUUAUAGUCAACUGCAACAAAAAAGCAUCCAGUACACUCUGUAAAGUGGUUGGUGUUAGGAAGGGUAGAAACCAUGUCAAAACAGACAAUUGGGGCUUGGGCAGCUCUCUGGCUGGCCAGCUCCUGUCGAACUGUCCAACCCAUGCCAGCAUGGAAAAACAGAUGUUUAAUGAUGAUGAUUAUUGUUGUUUUCUCUCUGUCCUUAUUUCAGAAAGAAAAUCUCUUCGUCAAUCAACUGCAGAAAAGUCACAGGCAACUGCACGUCGAGAAAAGGAACGGGAAGUCCGUGUUAAGAUGAUGAAAGAAAUAGCAGCCAAAAGAAAUGUAACCGAGGUGCGACGUCUUACUCAGUCAGAGUUGUUAGAGGAGGCUAAACUGACAGAAGAAUAUAAUAUCAAGUCCUUGGAAACAUACCAAAGACUGGAAUCUGAGAAGAAAAAGUGUCGAGUUCAAAAAACUACUUACAAAGGAGCUUUGGUUCGCUACCAGUCUGUAACUAUGCCUUUGAUUGAAGAAUUGCCUCAGUCAUUACACAAUAAUGAACCAGAAAUUAACGUAGAAGAUGUCUCAGGUGUUGAUUCCAUAUCAUUGAAAACUGAAACAAAAGGCGAAAAUGACGAUCCUUCCAAAUCUCCAGAGAAGAGCAAACAUUCAAAGCAAGUAUCUGGUCCAAAGUGUUCUCGGACUUUCAUUACGUUUACAGAUGAUAAAACAUUUCGGGAAUAUUUUCCACAAACCCGAGCUAAACCAGCAUCAGCAUCAUCUAGAACUCUGUGUCCCGUCACACGGCAACCAGCCAAAUACUUUGAUCCUAUCACACAGACACCGUAUGCAACAACAACAGCUUUCAAGGUACUGAGGGAAGCACUUGUCAUCCAACAAGAACAGUCUGUUGAGCUGAAGCGCAAGUCUCGAAGUAGUAACCAACAGAAUUCAUCAUCAUCGUCAUCAUCAUCAUCAUCUAUGGCUCACAACACAACCACACUUUUAGCAUCAGCAACUAGUUAGAAAUUCUCCACAGUCAAUUGCUAAUGUUAUCUGUGUUGAAAGGGGAUUUUCUUAUACAAACAUACAAGAAUGAUUUAGACACUUCCUUGAGUGUCUUUCAGGUACUCUUACAAUUUUAUACAAAUAAACAUUGAAAAGCACA